AUGCAUUAUCGUCGCAGAUUUUGUCGUUCUAUUCUAGAGGGUUUUGAGGGUGGAGAAACAAAUCCAGAAAAGAUCAAUGUUCUAGAUGCAAUCAACAUUGCUAUCUCAGCUUGGAUGAACGAUGUUAAAAAUACCACAAUUGCAAAUUGCUUUCAACAUUGCAAACUUCGUUCGAUGGAAAAUGUGGUUUCACAGCCUUUAGAAAAAGAAGACAUUAGGGAAUUAUGGUCAACAAUAAAGGAGUUACAUUAUCGUAACGCAAUGAAUGUGAAUCAACUCUUGAAUUAUCCGGGUGAAAACGACAUGACCGAGAUUUUAACUGAUGAAAAAAUCAUUGAGGGUCUUAGAGAAAACAAUCAAGAUGAAGACAAUAAGGAUGAUAGUCGUGUUUUGGAGCCUGUUUCUCGCAAAAAAAAAAAAGCAAUUAGAGCGUAG